AAAACUAUCUAUUUUUUUUAAAAAAAAAAUACCAAUACCCUUUUGUUUUUUUCUUUUUUUUUUUUGUUUAUAUAUAUAAAUAAAUAAUUCUUUUUUUUAAAAAAGAAAGUGGGGUAUUAAAAUUUAAAUUUGAUUAACUUCAAAUGAAAACCUGAUCCAUUCAUACAAUAAUGGCUGCUAAUUUUUGGGAAUCUUCUCAUUGUAAUGAAUGGUUGUUGGAUAGAAAUAAAAUUGAAGAGUCAAAUUCUAAAGAUAAAUCAUAUUUAACUCCAAUGGAAUUGAAAAGAUUAAGAACUCAUUAUUGCUUUGUAAUUCAAAAUCUUGGGAAUGCAUUAAAGUUAAGACAGAGAGCAACAUCAACUGCAAUUGUAUAUUUUAAAAGAUUUUAUUUAAAGAAUAGUUUUGUAGAUUGCGAACCAAGAUUAAUUGCAGUAACAUGUUUAUAUUUAUCAUCAAAAGUUGAAGAAUGUAUCACUCAAGCAAAGAAGUGUUCAGCAAAGAUGAAAGAAUUGGAUCACACAUUUAACUAUACUAUGAAUGAUAUAUUAGAGUGCGAGUUUUUCGUUUUGGAAGAAUUAGCAUUUUGUUUAAUUAUCUAUCAUCCAUAUAAAAGCUUGCCACUAUAUCUCCAAAAUAGUGGUUUAGAUAUGGCCUCAAUCGAAAUUAUUUGGGGUGUUGUAAAUGACAGUUAUAGAACUGAUGUCUGCCUAAUGUAUCCUCCAUAUGUCGUAGCUUUAGGUUGUAUUUAUUUGGGUUCCUAUCUCCUCAAAAAAGAUAUUAAACAAUGGCUUUCAGAAUUAAAUGUAGAUAUGAAAGAAAUUUGGGAAGUCUCUAAAGAACUAAUAGAUUGUUACGAAUUCGAAAAACUUUCUUCACAAAAUCCAAGCGAACCAGAUUUCCUAUAUGCAAAAUUACCAAUAAGAAAUAAAAAAUAAUAAAAUUAAAUUUGUAAAAUAAUCAUU